AUGGUAGCAAGUACUGAGGACACCAAAAAGGAUACCGAUACCGACGAAGUGUCACAGGACACCAAAGACAUAUGUAUCCAAAAAAUAUAUAAGAAACGAGAACAACCUAAACAAAGCAUCGGAAAGAGAAAGCGUGAUGCUACUGAGCAAGACGAUGGCCUUGAAAAGAAGUUGCUCAAGGACAAACACCUUUACAAUUCCAACGAUCGAGAACCACCACAUCUGAGCAAGCGAGAUCCCCCUCUAGUGAAGAACAUGAUUGCAGGAGACUUUCAAUUCGUCCCCGUAAGGACCGUACAGAAGUUUCUCACAGAAAACAACUACCUUCUCUACCCCACGUAUCUUGCGCUCAACAAGUCCAUUCAGGAAACGCACAAGCCCCUUUCUUGGAAAUACAAGAAAACGGCCACAGUGCAGUCGCCACGAUACAAAGAAGAGAACCUUGAGAAUUCUAUCAGGCUCGCUGAUACAACAUCGGAGGAAGGCCAGCAAGAAGUCGACCUCAUGGAGGAACUCAAGGCUGCUAGACUUGCUCGACGAUAUGCAAACUUGGAGAGACAAAAGGAGCUCGAAGCCAUCGAAGCAGACAAGCAAAUGAUUGACGAGGCACAGUCUAGAGGCGAAAUAAAAGAAUGCGAGUGUUGUUUUGCCGAUACCCCAUUCAAUCGGCUUGGUCAUUGCAACGCCGAGAAUGCACACUCCUUUUGCAUUCAGUGCCUUCGCCGGAACGCCGAGGACCAAGUUGGCCUCUCCAAGUAUGAACUGACGUGCAACACACCUUUCAUCAAAGACUCCGGUUGUAACAAGAUGACUUGUUCCAAACCCAACUGUCGCAAUGUGCAAUGUUACGUGUGCCACGAGUCUUGUGAGUACGACCACUUCGACCAACCAGAACGCGGCGGUAAAUUGGGCAAUUGCCCCCUAUUCGAAGAUAGCGAGGUGCGACAUCAUGAAGAGGUUGAGGAGGCGGAGAAGAAUGCCAAACAGAAGGCACUGCAAGAUAACCCAGAUCUGGAGCCAGAGGCCCUCGACUUCACUGUCUCGUCAAACGUCAAGAAAGAUGAUGAUCGUAGGAUGAAGAAGUCUGCCGCCGCUGCUGGGGACUACGCCCGUCGACGCCGACCUAGGCACCACCAUGGUAACCACGGUCGCCGACAAGAAAACGAUGGGCAGGACAGAGCAUUGCCUAGGGUUGCAAACGGACCUAUACAGCAUAAUCUACCUUGGCAACGGAAUGGGCUAGUCCAUCCACCACAGAUCCUUGCCCAACGCCAGCAGAUGCAGCAGGUGCAGACAGGACAGGAACAAGCAAACCAAAAUCUUGAGCAAGGGCGAGCAAUGCCACAUAAUGCAAGGCCACAAGUACAAGCACCGUUAAAUCAACAGAUCAUGCAACUGCAUGCACUGCUGGGGGUAGAUCAACACGCAGAGCAACAGAAACGGCAACAGGCACAGGCACAGUAUCAAAUGGUACAGGAAAUGAACCAAGCACGACAAACUCUGCAACAGCAAAGACUGGGUAGUAUGAGGAACCAUCUCAGUGUCUCAUCGAUUAAUGCACAGCAUAAUCUUGCUAAGGGCCUAGGACUGUUUCCCAUACCUUCUCAGGGGGCACCAGCACCACAAAUGCAGACAGCUGCUGCACUGCAGCCUGUUCCAGCUGGAUUACACUCACAGCAAGGCUCCAAUCCGUACAUCCUUCCAGAUCCUGAUUUUAUCCCAGACGAACUCUUCCCAUUCGAUCUUUUCCCGCCGAAUGGACAACAACCCCCAGCUGGUAGUCGAGGUUGA